AUGAAAGAGAAGUCCAAAAAUGCGGCCCGGACUAGGCGGGAGAAAGAAAACAGCGAGUUUUACGAACUGGCCAAACUGCUGCCUUUGCCUUCCGCCAUCACCUCGCAGCUGGAUAAAGCCUCCAUCAUCAGGCUCACCACCAGCUACCUGAAGAUGCGGGUGGUUUUUCCCGAAGGUAGGUGCCCAUUGUCGCGGGAUUCAGCUACCCACCCCUAUUUCCUAAUCAGCGCGCGGGGGGGGGGGGAGGUCCUUGAUAGCCCAGGAGGCCCGCAGUACUGGCCUCUUCCUCCUCUCAUCUGGUCCAGUAGUUUAAGAGCGGACUAGGGGAGCCGUCGAGGAGGAGUCGCCUCGUGGCCCUGUUCCUCUGGCCUGUGUAGUUUUCGCACCAGACGGCUCUCUGGAGUGGUUCCCCACUCUCUUUCAAAAAUAAAUCUUUCUCUUCUCUCGCUCCCCCUCUCUCCCUCCCUGCCCAUAAACACUUUCCCCUUUGGUACAUAGGAUGUGUUUGGCUGGGAACCGCUGGCACCUUUGUCAACACGUCGAGGCUCAGAGCUCAGCUGCUUGUUCCAGUAAAACAAACAAUGCAUUUUCUCUCUCCGCCCCGCGUCUCCCUCCCGGCGAAGCCACGUGCGUUGCUCAAAAGGGCAAUUCUCUCAUAUUUAUUAUAGAUAAAUUGGGCAGGAGGGAGGAGAAGGUGGGGGAAAUGAAUUAAUACGAGGCUAAAUAUUUGCAUGGAUGGAUCGACAGCGCGCAGCCCCUGGGCUUCUGUGCCGAGCAAAAAAAGGGAGGCAGCCGCCGACAGAUGCGUCGCGUCGCGGUGGAGAAAGGUGCGGGGGCGGAGGAAGGAGCCGACGAAUUUAAAUGCCUCUUUUGAAUAUGCAUGAACGUGGCACAUCUGGAACUGAUGUCGAGGGUCCAGGUUUUUGAGAAGGCAUGAAUCAAGGCCGUCGGUGUAGUCAGCGAAAAACAAAAACAGUCUUUCCUGGUGUUAAAAGUUCUUCGUAAGAAGCAAGGCGGCGUUAACUGCCCGUUCUGGGUGAUUAGGAUGGGGGAAAUAGCUGGAGUGUUUUUCUGGAGUAGAGUGAUUAAAAAAAGGGGGGGGAGAACAGGAUUCCUUAAUAAUAAGGUAUGACAAACUUCAAACGGGGAGCGGGGGGAAAUCCAAAGAAAAGCCAGGAACAUCGGCCUCGAUCCCCUCUGGCAACGGCUUUUAAGAGGAAAUUCCCAUUGCCUAGCUGAAUGUUCGGCUUGCUUUUUUUUUUAAAGAUCAGACUGUUACGCCAGGAUCCUGUGUACUUUAAAAACGUCAGUAAGCCAAGGGCUUUUCUCCUGUGAAACCCGGAUCCCAAAUAUGUUGGGACUGAACUCGGAAGAGAAUCGUGGGACUUCCUUGCGUCGCUCCAAACUCUUCUUUGGAUUAAGGGCCCCUCGUGUUUUCUGCUGUCACCAAAUGAGACUUCCUUUCCCGUCUACAUGGAAUCGGGAUAUGAAUAUGAUCCCGAUUAAUCUAAAAUAUAUAUUUGGCGUUAUAAGAUCAGUGGCUAUUUUUAAAUCAGGCAAGGGGUUAGAAAAAUUCACUAAGGAUGAUACCAAUAUUUUGUAAAGAUAAACAGGAAACCAGGGGGUAUAGGAAAUGGGGGGGGGAAUGGAAUUUCUCCCGGCGGAGUUAACGAAAACAAAUCAUUAGGAUAGCUAUAGCCUUAAGAACAUAUGUAGUUUUAUUGGGGAAGUGAGGCGAUCGCAUCCACAGGAUAUUUCAGUUAUGAAAUCGAGGAGAACACAAGCGCAAGGUGUUUGUUUUUACAGAAAGUCAGCCCCGACCAAAUUCACUUGGAAAUAAGUUGAAGUGGAAUUUAUUUCCCAGAAAGUCUACAAUCAUACUUGCUCAGAAAACGUUCCUUUGAAAUUGAGGGGACUUCAAAAUAACUGGGCUUGUGACCCAGCUGUGCGUUCUGCAUAUUUUGCAACGUGCAGUUCAACUUAUUAAUAUGCAUCAGGCUGUUUUCGUAAAACAGGAUCCAACUUUCAUUCUUUUUAGCUUCCGAAAGCGGGGGAGUUAAACACAUGCUCAGAGGGCAGCAAAAGAAACCAGAGGGAUUUAAACACAAUUAACUUUGGCUGGAUCGCACCCAUACUUUGCAACACGUAACUUGCUGUUAUUUAUACAAGCAUUAGAUGAAAACAAGGCAGUUUGGGAUGUGAUGAUGAUUAUUAUUUUCCCUUUACCGUCCUGCACAUACCCAAGGCACCUCCAGAUUCCCCUUCUGCGCAUACAUAUUUUCGUUUGUUUGCAAGGAAGUUCCCUUGAUUUCAAGGUGGGCAUAUCCGGCUAGAGCCGGUAACUUCACCAGCAUACACAACAUGUGCCGCAUUCCUUUAUGCCGCGGUUGAUGGGAUUAAAGCGCGCUCAAUUUCGGCUGGAUAGUGCUCUGUGUUUGGGAAAGCAAUCCAGCCUAUGUGUGUGUUGUACACUGAGCCGCUGCUCCCAAAUAUCCGUGUUUAGGAGAAGGGUGCUAAUCACUCUUGGGGUGAGGGAGAGAAGAUGCAAAGGCGAUGAAGUCACCUUAUCAUUCCGGCGCACAGUUUUUGGAGACCUUUUAUGCGCACCCUCCCUUCCUAAUUUCCCCCUUUCGAAAAGGCGGCUCCUUUCGACUGUCCACGCGGAACUUGUGGAAGUAUUGGGCCCGUGGGGGGCCCUUGGGGUUCCUCCAAAGAUGAUUAGCCACGAUUUGUCCGCUUCCUCGGUCCCGGCGGGCUUCCUCCGGAGCGUGCUUUGCAGCAGCUCUGUGCAAUUACCGUCGCCUCCCUCGCGGGCUUGUGCGAUCAGAAGAAGCAUAUGGUGUUGCUUGUCGGCUGCGAGCAAUCAGAGGAGGCAAAGAAGGGCUGAUCCUCUGUCCCAGCUUCCCCCUGGCUUGUAAGCCGGCGAAUGUCUGGAAAGAGAAAGGAAAGGGGUGGGGGGAGAGGAGAGAGAGCGAAAGUCACCAGGGAAUUGAGGUGGUCAAGGGCAAAGCGAGCCAGAUCCGCUGCUGGGGUAAUGGCCCCCAGCGUCUGCCCCACUCGGAGGCAACGAGAGAAGUUUUGGGGGCUCGGACUUCCUUUAUCUCUGUUGUCUCUUUCUCUUUUGCUUCUUUUUCUUGUUUUCUAUCUUAGGCAGCUGUGAUAUUCUUGUAUCGUAUGGGGAAAUCUCAAUAAAAAUCUUACUGAAAGGUGUUCAGCUCCAGCUACGGAUGGCUAAGGUUGGCCUGGAUUUUGGCUCCGGUGCUUGCCCGAAGUGGGCUCCCUCCACAUUUUUUUUAAAAUUUUUUAAUUAUUAAGGUCGAUCUUAAACGUGCUGGGCACCGCGCGACACCCAGGAGCUUCCAAGCCCAUUGCAGUCACUAGACAGCAAGCCUAAAUCCAGCGAUUAGGAAAUAAAUCCCACCUCAGGCAAGGGGAAUUUAACUUCUUCCUGAGCACGCACCCGCUUCUCUCUCCCUCAUUCUCUCUCUUUCUCCCCACCCCCACCUCAACCAUCCUCUUUAUAUGGGUGGGCUAAGGUAGGGAAGGGUUAUGGGGAAGGCGUCUUAUGCGAUGGCUUGCGUUUUGGUUAAAAUCACUGCAUAUCUUGAUUUUGGGAAAGGGGCGCAGAGAGAAUUAGCCUGCAAGAGCUAAUUGGGCUUCGGACUCGGCUGAGGGUCUUCCUUACUUCUUCCAAGCACGUUGGUAGGGAUCGGGGCCUACAGGCCUGAGCCUAGCCGCCUAGAUGAAGCCCCAUCGAUUUCAGUGGCGCCAAGCAGGGUCUCGGGCACAGCUGCCUUGCGGAAUGGUUGUAUCCAUGUGGAAGGAGUCCCAGGAUCUAUCUGUGUGUGGUCCGGACUGAGCAUGUUCAGGAUUGCCACUUGAAGGAAGGCGAGGAAGGAGAACAGCAGUGGGGUGAGGAAAGCGAGCUUUAGAAGCAGACGCAGAAACAAACCAGCGGCGUCCAAACCAUUAUUGUUACUAUGGCAAGGCAGGGAUGGGGGAAUCAGAUCCUAAAUGACAACUCCCAUCACCUCUGGCUAUUGGACGUUGGGCUGAUGGGAGCUGGAGUCUAGCAGCCGUUGGAGGGCCACGGGCUCACCGCCCCCCUCCCCCGUUUUAUCAAGCCAUCUCUUUCCUCUGAAGUACACGUGGCACCAUCAAGAACCCAUCAACUGUGCUGGGCCUCUGACCUAAAGCGGCCUGGCAAACUUAGCCCGGCUGAACAACGUAGGACUAGAUUCCCCAGGUCUAAGGGCGCUCUCUCUCCCUCUCCCAGUACGUCUUGGGAUCGAAGCCUUAGCACAUCAAAGGCCAGCAGGUUCACUUAAAAGCGGAGCUACUGCUGGUUUCUGGAUUUUGACUUGUUUUUCUUGGCUGGUUCUUGAAGACAGGCAAAUACAUCGCCUCUCUCCCGAAUUUUUCACAGGGCCUAAAAUGCUCAGCGGAAUAGGGUGGGAUUUGCUUAGGAUCCGGGUCUGGGCGUGUUGUGAGAAUGGACGCGCCGUGGCACGCAAUCGCAGACAGUAGUAGGUGAUUAAUUUAUUUUUGCACCAAUUCUCUUUUUGGGGGGUGGGGGUGGGAAUGACGCUUUCUGCCUUUUCCUGAGCUCUCCAGAUGUUGCGUUAAGGCAAGGAAGGGAAAUGCCAGACCUCGCUAAACCUACCGCAUCUCUCUCCUUCCGAGUCCCCAGAGAUCUUAAGUGAAUUCGUAUUCACGCCGGUUUGGAGGGCAAAGGUCAAAUUCAGGACUCCGUUUCGCCUUCCUGUGUUUAUGAACGAGCUCUGGCCUUGAUCCUUUUACAAAUAAAUGGGAGAGGGGGGACAUCCCUCCUCCUCUUCUCAUCCCCUCCUCUCCUCCAAGGACAAAAGCACAUUUAAAGGUGAGAAGCCGGCUAACUUCCUCCCCAGAAACAAGCAGUGACGGAGCGAGUGACGGAGCCAAACGAGAGAAUGACGCCAUGGCGAAGCCUUGCUAGGCUUUCUACGUCAGCGCCCAGUUCGGGGACCGUCUGUUAGGGAUCGAAGGACUCUUGGCUGAGCCAAAUCAGGCCAAGUAGCUGAACGACAGAACCAUUUUUAAAGGAACCCUGCUGUAAGGGUUGCAUUAUUCGCAGAAUGAAAUGCUGCAGAAGACCAUCAAGCCUGUCUUGCUUCCAUGCCCCAUCUGUUGUAGAGAGCUGUUGUUGCGGUUGUUGUUUCCCCAAACAUUACUAAAGUUUGGUAAAAUAUUUUAAGGAGAGAAACACAGCUCAGCGAUUUUGGAGCAUGCCACGCGUCUUUUCGUCUCUCUUGUCUAAAAUAUUUCCUAAGCAGCGUUUGCAUUCAGAUGCUUGAGGGCCACCAGUUAUUACGUAGCUGUUGCUUUACACCUGUGCAAGAUUAGAUCGAAGGGCCCAGGUCCUCCAGAUAGGGAAGGGUUUAUAAACCAUAGCGGAUAGAUUUCUAGAAACGUUUUAACCGAUGCCCAAACCAGGGAGUGGUCUUCGUUGCUUUAAACACGGGGGGAUGAGGUGUCUUCAGAAGCAAGUUCCACUGAAGCCAUGGGGGCUGUCCCUCAGUGAAGUUUUGGUAAUUUAAAUAGGAUAUUAACUAUAGACCCGAUUAAAUUGGUUUGUGGAAAGCAUGAAAUAGCUGCCCAAGUACAUAAAACGGCUAUUUUGACUGGCGAGUCCGAGGGGCAGGUAGACAGAGGGGUCGAGAGGAGGGUUCACGCAGGCAACGCCGAGAGGUCUGCGGAACGAAUAUUAGAGCUAACCUUGAAACACAAAGUGCGGGUUUUCGCCUGCCGGUUGGUUGCGAUGGAAAGGUUCGUUGGUUGUCGGUAUUUUUGUGUGUGCGCGCUUGAUAUUUCUCUCGCUUAUUUCGUAAUUAUUUUUUUUAUGUUCCAGUAGGAGUCUUGCUUAAAAAUUGCAACUGAAACUGUGAGGCGUUUGAUUCGUUUUUCCCUUCACCUGUCUUUUAAGAGGAGAGAACUCAGGUACAUGGGAACAAAAAUUAAAAAAAUAAAAAAAUUCCUUCCAAUAGCACCUUAGAGACCAACUAAGUUAUUGGUAUAAGCUUUCGUGUGCAUGCACACUUCUUCAGAUACGAACGAAAGCUGUUUAGGUGUGCGGAAUGGGCGGGUGUGGACUGGACGGAGCUGGAUUGCAUCGUUCUCUGAAAAGGGCUACAAGAAUUAGACCUCUAGGAAGGAGAAUAGCGGUCCAAAAGUCCAGAGUUUUUGCCUCCAAGUAUUCAUUUCUUCUCUAGAACAAUCGUUUGUUGCUGUUGUUUUCAAAAAGAGCUGUAAGGUUAACGACAGCAAGAGUGAGAUAGGCAAUCCUUCCCGCAGGCCUUAAAUCGAAAAAGGGCUUGCUACCUUCGUUGCUGUACUUCCUUUGCGGUGUUUCAAAAGUAAAAGUGCAAGUUAAAACAGGAACAACGCGUGGAGGGAAUUUCCGCGCGGUUCUCACGACGAUUAUAAUUAUGAAAAUGUUCAUUGAUUUCAACUCACCCGGUGUUCUCCUAUUUUUCCGAUUGUUUGAGAUAUAUAUGUGGGGUUUGUGUGUUUGUGUGUGUGUGUGCAUUGUGCGUGCGUGGGUGUAUCUAUGUGUACGUUAUGCACUACGUGACCAGAAACACACACACACCCUCCUUCUGAAAUCAUCCCAUCUCCAUUGGGGUGGGCCGACUGGCGGAUUAAACAGGCGCUUGACAUCAUUUUUUGAUAGUAAAAAUAAGGAAAUGCGAGGAUUUUGAAAACAUAUAUACUGUCAAUCUAUCACUAGUUGGAUUCUGGACGCUGCGAUCAGGCGGCAAUCCUAUAUCCACUUACCAAGCAGUAAGCCCCAUUAAACUGAAUGGGACAUGCGUUUUGAACAGGCACCGGCAGCUUCUUGCCGCUCCGCUUAAAGGUACCCCUGCCCAUACGGGCCAGUCGUGUCCGACUCUGGGGUUGCGCGCCCAUCUCACUCAAGAGGCCGGGGGCCAGCGCUGUCCGGAGACACUUCCGGGUCACGUGGCCAGGGUGACAUCGCUGCUCUGGCGAGCCAGAGCCGCACACGAAAACGCCGUUUACCUUCCCGCUAGUAAGCGGUCCCUAUUUAUCUACUUGCACCCGGGGGUGCUUUCGAACUGCUAGGUUGGCAGGCGCUGGGACCGAGCAACGGGCGCGCACCCCGCCGCGGGGAUUCGAACCGCCGACCUUUCGAUCGGCAAGCCCUAGGCGCUGAGGCUUUUACCCACAGCACCACCCGCGUCCCCCGCCGCUCAGCUUAGGGUUACUCAAAAUCGCUUAGCAAUGCAGCUCGACAGUUCUACACUCCAUAAUUUUGCAGCUACUAUUUUGUUAAAUAAAUAAAUGCGUUUAGCGUUUCAGUAUUGAAAUCCAUUGCCUUGUUUUAGUUGGGAGGCGGUAUUUAAAACAAAAACAACAAAGGGGAGAAAAGGAAGAAAAAACAACAACCCCCUUUCCCACGUGGAUCGGUGAUUUAAUGCUGUUUUUCUUGCUGCUGAGGGAAAUGAUUGAGCAUUGGGUUUCAGUGUUUAUUUUCUUACAGACGUUUUUCUCAUUUAAAAGCCUUUAAGCUGCCUCCCUUUGUUUGAUUCCAGUUUUGAUGUGGACUUGAAAUGUGAAGUGCAGAACGAAAGCCCCGGCAUAACUGCUCCAAAAGCAGAUUUAUGGCUGAGAAAAGCAGAGGUCAGGCUGAUUGGCAAAAACCGUAAUUUCUUCGCGGAAAGCCGCCUCGAUCGCCAGAAUAAAAAAAUGAUGAUGGUGGUGGUGGUAAUGGUAUUAAUUAAUAAGAUGUUUGCAGAUAUUUUCAUCAGUCGUGAGGUUAGUAGGUGGUGA